CUACAUUUACGUACAUACAUAGUACACACAUACAUGUUCCAGUAUAUCAGACGUCUACAAGUAAUUGCGUCUUUCAGAAUUCAAGCGUCUUACGAAAUUACAAAAAAUAAUAAAAAAUAAGGAUGUAUUUUGUUGCUUUUUCUGAUAAUUGGUCUUCGACUGUACCAGAAAAUUGGUUACAAAAAGAAGAAAAUAAACUGCAAUGGCCUCCUAAAACUGGAAAUGCUGCGAAUGCAUGCAAGAAAAAAAUGAUGCUUAAGAGUAAUUGACCCUAUGUAAAGUACACAAAGCUGUUAGGACCCUACGAUACGUUUGAAAUUGCUAGUCAAGUAGAAAUCGCCACCGUUGAUUUGUCAACAAGUGAUGAGGCAUCUUUUUUAUCUAUUACGAAACAAAAUGAUGUCCGUGGGAAGCGCACGCAAAAACUACCAAAACGCUAUCAACAUUCUAAUAAAGAGUCUUUCAAUGAAAAGGAGAAAGAAACUGAUAACUCAAAUAAUGAUGACAGCAUUUCGGAAAAAGAUUUUAAUUAUAAACCGAGAGGUUCUGAGGAUGAAGUAGAUAUUUUAUUAGAUACUCAGCCUUUAGAUUAUGGCAAUUUUUUCGAUGAUGUCGAAGAAAGUCCCACAAAAACAAGAGAAAGAGAUAAGAAAAUAACUAUUCGUAGCAUUGAAUUUAUUCCUGAAUUUGUUACUCCUAAUCAAGGUGAUAAAAAUCAGAAAUUAAUUAAUCGAUCAAAGUGUGAAGAUGUGAAAAAAGUUGACAGAAGCAAUGACGAUAAUUAUGAAAAUAUGGAAAUAAAUAAUAAUAACGAUAACAACAGUAACAGUGACGAAAAUAAAAAAAAAGGAAUUAAUUCUAACAGUGGGCCAAUUAGUAACACGCCGCAUACCAUCGUCAAUAAAAAUGCUUUUAUUUCAACUCAGAAAACUAAUGGUGAAAAAAACAAUGAUAAAACUAACGGAAUAAUUAUUGAAGAACCUGCUUGUCAGAACUGUUGCAUUGCAUGUAGAUCACAGAGACAGCAGAUACUACGAAAAUUAUACAGUAUCCUUAUGCAAUUACAAUGUCUUAACAUUGUUCAAAAUAAGUCUUCAAUUGGUACCGUCAGUGCUCUACCGGGAUUCACUAUCAAAACUUUAAUAGUUUUGCAAGAACUUAACCAGAAAUUGGUCGAAAAUGAAGAAGCACGCGCGCAAUUUACUAAUCUUAUUCAACUUAGACGAGUGCCUGACGGAAAAAAACAUAUACGAGAUGUCUUAUCAUAUAUUUUAGAUGAUGAAUUAAGUCGCAAGUUAUCUUGGAGCGACCAGAAAAAAACUAUAGCCGUUAAAGACAUGACUUUCACGAAACUCUUAACCGAUGCAAUCAUUAAUUUAAAUCCUCAAUGUUCCUUGUCAGAUUUGAAUGGACAAAUCAAAACAUGGCUUCAGCAUGCUAGUGAUCGAAUCAAAUGUGUUAACGUUAAACAUCAGGCAAAAAAUUAACAUUUAAUUAAAAUACUUAUUCAUGAUCUACUAUUAUACCAAAUUUUCAUUUCUUAUGUUUUUUGAUUUAUUUAAGAA